AUGUUGAAGCGCAAGAACGAAGAGGACGAGGCAACUGCUGCUAAGCGGGUAGCCCUUGAUAACGAGAAUGCUGACCAGGAAGAGCCGACCGAGGACAAUAACCAGGCAGACUCACUGGAGCCUUCUAAGACGGAUCAACGUGCAGAUAGCGACCAACAGUCACAAGAACGGGUACCGCAGCCUGAGACUCCGGAGCCCGUCGCGCAUCACAGGCCAACUAAUGACGAUCCCACCUAUGUGCAUUUUCGAAUGCUUUGCUCAAUUAACGAAACUGCUGCCAUUGUCGGCAAAGGCGGCGAGACAAUCAACAGAAUUAAGGAGAUGUCCAGUGCAAGAGUGAACGUCAGCGAAAAUUUGAAGGGUAUCCCCGAACGCGUCAUCACCGUGCGUGGACCUGCAGAGUAUGUUGCAAAAGCGUUUGGGCUUAUCACAAGGGCAAUCAUGGACGAGCCUUUCAACGAGGCUUCUACCGUGGAUUCAAAACAAAUUAAUUUGAAGCUGUUGUUCCCCCACACGAUAAUUGGCUACAUCAUAGGGAAAAGGGGAGCGAGAUUCAGGGAAAUCGAGGAUAAUUCCGCUGCAGCGUUGAAAGCAAGCGACCAGAUUCUCCCUGCUUCGACAGACAGAAUCCUCCACAUCACUGGAGUCGCGGACGCCAUCCACAUAGCCACGUAUUAUGUGGCACAGACAGUGAUAGAGCACAAACAGCAUCUGGCCAAGGCUGUGUUCUACAAUCCGGCCAAUUGCAACCAGCCUAGCACACCAGUCGGCGGCAAUGUCUCGAGAAUGGCCUACGGCAACGGAUAUCCUCCUCAAGUAAUGCAGGUUCCGGCUCCAAUAAUGCAGAGCCCCUACAUGGGCCAGCCUGUUCAACAAUCUUAUGGACAAUAUAUCCCAGGCGCCGCUGCUGGGGCGGUUGCUGCACCAGUCCCUGCUCCAAUGCAAGCACAAUCAGGACAGGAAAAAAUCAACCAGGACAUUUACGUUCCUCAAAUGCACAUAGGGCUAGUGAUCGGGAAAGGCGGGAAGAAUCUCAAAGAUAUUCGUACUAUAACCGGAUGCUAUGUCAAGGUCAAUGACGAGGUUCCCGGCGCCACAGAGAGAAAACUCACUUUAAUGAGCACAAGCCCGUUCGCCAUCCAACAGGCAAUAAUGCUGAUAAACAACAAGAUUGAAAAUGAGAAACAGAGGCAGAGAAAUCAUAGAGAUGACUAG